UGAAAAUCCAAAUAAAUACGCGUAUUAGGCAUGUGGAAGACAGUAGUUUAUUAAUCCACGGUGUUAAGUUGUGAUCAGUGACUUUGGACACCCAUUUAACGAACAACGAAAAUGACAGGAUAUUUGAUUUUGAUUGCUUUGUGCGUGUUAGGAGCUAAUGCUAUUCCCAAACCAGUAGGCCGUGUUGGUGGCUCUCCAAAUCCUGUGGUGGCUUUAUUUGCACCACAUGCGUGCAUGAUUUUAGUUCAUCGAACAAAUUUGAAUGGAACUAACACCGCAGCUCUUGGUAGUGGAUCAAUCAUUUCCGCUCGUCAUGUCCUUACAGCUGCGCAUUUAGUACAAGGAGAUGUCGACAGGUACCAAAUUGGUUUCAUCGUUGGUGGUACUUCUCGUCGUCUCGUCGACUCAUCGUUUAGACUUAUUCACGAAAACUAUGAUAACUCGGACUUCAGCAACGAUAUUGCACUGCUUUUCCUUCAAGGAACUGCCACAUUCCCCUUAAUUAAUGCCAUUACCAUUUCGACCGACGAAGCGGCGCCAGGAGCAGGACCACUCUUUACAGUAGGAUUUGGUUUUACCGCGGCAAAUAGUACAGGAGCUAGCUCGGAGCCACAUCAAGCUAACGAGGAACCUAUCGAAUGCGAUUUAGGAGAUGUUGUAGCAGCCGACACACAUUUCUGCGCAAUAGAUGCAGGUGGAAUCUCUUGGGUGUGCCCAGGGGACAAUGGUGCAGGAAGCUUUACCGGGGAUGAGACGGAUGCCGCCAAUAAUAUAUUGGUUGGUGUUGCAUCGCGUAUUUUACCUGGAUGUGCGGCUUCACAACAGACCGGUUACACAAUCGUUGGAAAAUACGUUUCUUGGAUCACAAAUGUUACGGGUAUUCCAGUUCCAACGUUCAUCGCAAAUUACAAUAAAUUACACAAAUUAUCGUAAGAUUGUAAUUGCUGGACACUGACUUCGUCUAAAUCAUAAUUCCUGUUUGAUAAAAUAAAUAAAGAAUUUUAUUGUUUGCUACAAAA